AUGCUACUCGUUCUACUAGCUGCUGGCCUACUCGCUGCUACCGUCUAUUUCUACACCUUGUACAAGCAAACGGCUGAUGCCCUCAACCAGUUGAAGGAGGAGAAGAAGAAGGAGGUCCGCCGUGUGCCCUCCAAUGUCUCCUUCAAAAGCCAGAAGCCGACAACUCCACAAAAAAGCCUUCCACGUUCCGCCUCGAAGACUUCGGCCAGUGGUGUGGCUACGGCAAAGAGCAAUUCUGGCCGUACCAUCUCGGCCACCACCGCCAUUUCUGCAAAAAGCCAUCACGUCGUCAUCAACCCCACACCGAUCACGGCUGAUAUCGAGCAGAACGGGAUGAUUGGAGCCCCGAUAAAUCAAGAUCACGAGCCAGCCGUCAAUUCCGAGCACGAGCCAAUGAUGCGACCGCAUCCUCAUCUGACUCCAGCCGCGGCACCCACUGCAAAGGACGAGGGUUCGGCCCAAUCAGCCUCUUGCCAUACCGCCGAUGUGCAACCGGAUGAGCGCGCGAAGACGGAAGCAGCUCUGGCCGCCCCAGCCGCCGCGGCCGCCGACCACUCGCAGUUCGAUACUGCGGCUCCGCCGCCGCUGCCAAACGAAAGUGAAGAGAAAAAGAGCAGCGACUCCUCAUCGUCGAGCAAGACCAAGAAGAAACGCGUGAAGGAAGGCCCCCGCAAGAUCAAGCCUGGAUCGGUGAAGUCGAAAAGCAACAAGAAGAGCAAGAAGAAUUGUGUGACAAUGGGCAUGAGCAAGAAGUGCACUGCUGUUGAUUCGCUCUCCGAUGCUUCUUCUACAUCUUCUCGCGGCAGCAAAGCCGCCGACGGUCCCAGCAAGAAGCCGGCGACGAUUGAAAUGAGUGAAGAGCGCAAAGGUGGUGAAGAGUAUUCGGAUCGCCGUCUCUUCAUUUCAAACUUCCCGUUCUCGUGGCAUGAGGAUGAUCUUCGUGCCUUCCUUGAGGAUUAUGGUCCGGUGAUGGAAGUCAACAUUGUCUACAAUGAGCGCGGCAGCAAAGGAUUUGGCUUCGCUACCAUCGACGACCCUGACCGCUGCUACCGUGCCCGCAUGGAGCUAAACCACACGGUUGUGCAAGGACGCCGGGUUGAAUCCGAGUUUGACAACGACGAUUACGACAAGGAAAAUAUGGAGCCGGAAGAGCCGAAGCAACUAGCCAAGGAAAACGAGGAGCUGAGGAGACGGCUCUGCAAAUAUGAAAAGCUACAUGGCGAUAUUGACGAGGAGAUUUACUAUGAAAGCAACCCUGAAGAGAGCCAGUACCUCGACCAAAUCCGCCGCAUCAUUGCAUCGCGAGGACUACGCACCGAUCGAACGGGGACCGGCACAAUAUCUUUGUUUGGAAUGCAGAGCCGUUAUAGUCUGCGGGAUGGCCGGAUUCCGUUGCUGACUACAAAAAGGGUAUUCUGGCGGGGCAUUGCGGAGGAAUUGCUGUGGUUCGUCUCUGGAUGCACGGAUGCCAACGUGCUGAAGGCCAAAAAAAUCCACUUUUGGGAUGAUAACGGUGGCCGUGCGUUCCUCGACAAUUUGGGGUUGCAUGAUCGAGCUGAGGGUGAUCUGGGCCCUGUUUAUGGAUUUCAGUGGCGUCACUUUGGAGCUGAGUAUCAAGAUUGUCGAACGGAUUAUUCCGGGCCUGGGAGUACCGUUCAACAUUGCCAGUUACUCUCUGCUGACGCACAUGAUCGCACAUGUUUGCGGCCUGAAGGAGAUUUUGUCCAUACGCUGGGCGAUGCUCACGUUUACUCGAAUCACGUCGAAGCUCUACAGGAACAGCUGCGCCGCGUACCAACGGCUUUCCCGCGCAUCUCUUUCGCCGAGGGCAUCAAGUCUAUUGACGAUUUUACCAUGGAAAAGAUCCAUCUACACAACUACAACCCACAGGGUACAAUUGCCAUGAAGAUGGCGGUU